AUGUCUAAGGAGUAUGUAACUCCCCUUCCUGAAUACCAACAACUGACUUUUGCUGCAACCCACGAAACACACGUGCCACCGCCUCUGUUAGACUGUUUUUCCAAAUCAGUGGACUUCAGAUUGUUAACGUGGCUACCAUUGUGGAACCCGAAAUGGAAAGAAAUGCUGGGGACUGCUGACAUGACACGAAGGCCAUGCCCCAGCGGAAGCGCAAAGGUGGACCCUUCUGCGUCCAUGAUCCCAAAGCGAAGAGAUAAACGAACAGUCAAAGUACUGCAUAGCCUUUUUAGUGUCGCCCCUGGUAUUCCUCUCGGUCACCCUCCCGAGUGGACCAUCACAAGCGCAUCAGUUAUCGAGUUUGCGGGCAAUUGA